AUGAGCAGUAGCGCUGCUGUCGCUGACCACUUGCCGCCGCCGAAUCCAUCUGGCAACGGAGAGCCGCAGUCGGUGCAGCCUUCCCUCGAUCGAGUCCGGUCCCCAGCGCCUCCGUCGUCCCCUCCACUUACCGAUAAGGACAGCAAGGCCACCGCCGUCCGCAAUGGGAACCAUGGACGUGAUGCUCAUGCCGAGCAGGAUGAAUCCGAGGCGGAGACGGUCGUGUUGUCUGGGCCCGAGCAUGACGAGACGAAGAGGCCGAAGAAGGUAAUCAAGCACGAACGCAACGACGACGACGACGAGAUAAGCGACAUUCCAUCCGCCAAGCUGUUGUCCGAUGCCGCCAAGGAUUCCAUUGCUCGUAAGAGCCCUCGCCCACUAGCCCCUCCCAAUGGCGUCCCAGAAAACAAGCGGAACGGUGCCAACGGCCGUGAACGCGCCCAAUCGCAUGACAACGGCCCAGCCAGUCGCAAGGCUUCGUCUGCUUUCUCCAGUGACCAUGACUAUCCACACAAAAACGCCUCAUCCGCUCGGAUCCUCUCUCACUCGCCCCCUCUCGGUCAUGACUCACGUGCAAGAAGCUCAUCGGUUGCCGAUACGCGGAAACGGAAAUUACGGGAAAACCAAGCCGAUUUGGAGCCGCCCCGGCAGCGGCACAAGACCGAGGCUCUCAGCAAAAACUCCAGGAAUCCAGCCUCACCCAUUGCAGCAGGCAUCAAAGUCCACAAGAGGUCGGCGUCCACCCAGUCUCUUGUGCAAAACGCCCAGAACCGCAGACGGCGUGAGAACAUUCGCCAGGACAAGGAUUGGGCCUCAGACGACAGCGAAGAAUCAAAUAACUCCUCACCCCAUCCCCAAUCCAAUGUGCCGCCUCUUUCACGGCCGAGGCGAGGCGGCACACGGUCUAUGACGUCUCCGGUUCGGACUCUGCCGCCAGCGAAGAAGAAGGAUGCGUUUGGCGCCACGCGGUUGUUACGCUGUUGCGAGAAGGGCGACUUUGCGGCGGUCCAAAAAGCCUACGAAGCGUCGCCAGACGAACUGGACUCACCUGAUUAUGCUGGCGUCACUCCGCUGCAAAAAGCUUCACUAAACGGGCACGAAGACAUUGUGGAGUUCCUCCUUGACAAAGGCUGUGCAACUGAUGGCCAUGACUGGUUGGAUCACGACACCCCUCUCAUCGACGCAACGCAGAAUGGCCAUGUUGAAGUUAUCAAACUGCUCCUCUGGAAAGCUCGUGUGGAUCCGACAUACGAGAACAAACACUUCAAAACGGCACUGGCACUUCUGGAUUCGACCAUCGAUGAGGCCGACGAGAUUAAAGCCGAAUUGGAGAAGGCAAUGAUGGAGUGGAAGAAGGAAAAGUCGGAAGAUGAGUCCGAGAGUCGAACACCUCGGAGCGUGGAGGAAUCAGUAGGACCCACGCUACUACCGAACGAGUACAACACCGAGGUUCUCCGCAUCAAGUCUGAGCAAGGAGACAAACGAGCCGUGGACGAAUUGCUUGCUUCUGGGAUCAUGCCAAAUGUUGCUUGCGGCGUUGCUGCUGCACGCGGUGGCCACGACGAGAUUUUGAGUUUUCUGCUUGCAACCGGACUUUCUGCCGACCAUCGCGAUCCUGCAAAGCACAACGAGACGCCCAUGUUGGUUGCAAUCAAGAAAGGCCAUCUCAACGUGAUUCGUCUCUUGUUGGCCCAAGAUGAUUUUGAUCCAACGAGGCGGAAUCGAGAUGGGCUGACCUACUGGGAGUUCGCUGAGGACUUUGACGGACCAAACGCAAAGGAUGUCCGCAAUUUACUAAAGGAGAAAUACGAUGAGCGAGCGAAAACCAAGUCAAGACGGUUACGAAGCCCGGAGAUGAGGCGAACGGAUCCCAGGAGCCCACGAAGGAAGGCUACCGACCACGAAAGCUCUAAACGAACACAUGACAGGGAGACUAGGGGGAGGCCGUCGGACAAGAGCUCAAAUAAGCACAUCACGCUGGACAACCACGCCAAACCCAAAAAGCGCUUGAUUUCACGCAGAGAACUCAACCGGCGAUCGCGAGACAGCACAUCGGAGGACUCGGACGAGGACGAAGAGGAAGUUCGCGGUCCAACCCGCAAUGUGCGCAGAAAGACGGGUCAUACUGCGAAGGUCAUCAGAAGCUCGCCGCAUCCAUCUUCACCGGAACAAGAGAGAUCGGAGGCACGCCCCGCACCAGCAAAAGCCGCGAAAGCCGAAGCCAGGCCUGAAGCCGAGCCCGAAGUGGAGCCAGAACCGGUCAAGGAAGACACGCCUGAAAGCGUGAAGCAGGAGCGCCGCGCUGAGGCUGAGCGGAAAGCAGCCGCGGAGAAGGCCCGAAAGGAGGAAGAGGAGAAGGAGGCAGAGAGGCGAGCGGAGGAGGAACGGGCUCGGCUAGAAGCGGAAAGGGCACGGUUAGCUGCCGAGGAAGCUGAGCGUGCGCGACUGCAAGCCGAGCGGGAACGGAUACAAGCCGAACGCGAACGACAAGAACGACUGGAGAAGCUUCCCCGGGCGUUGAGGCGGGCCUGUGAAAAAGGAGCAGAUCGGCCACUCCGCUUCAACUUCGCGACGAAGGAAGGCGGCAUCGAGUACAAUUUCCUGCCGGUUCACGUUGCCAAGAACUCGGACAUCGAUCCGGGUUGUCCAGAGUCUCGGCGAGACGAGCUCUGGAUGAUGAGUUUCCAAGUCGUGGGCAUUCUGGGGCUUCCAGAGCUUGACGUCAGAAAGGAGUUCGAGUCAUGGGAGUGCAAGCCCGUGUCGACCAAGCAGCUCCACGGAUUCCUCGAAACGUACGACAUUUCGCAGCUUGCGGAGGAUUUCCUGUUCGAGCGGCAGAACUGGCCGGGGUACAAUCCGGAGCAACAAAGCACGACGAUCCAGGCGGAGAAGGCCAAGUUCCUGCAGCUGGAGCCGCUUUUCUGGGUGCGGUACGACGACUUCGUGUCGGCGACCAAACUAACAAAAUUCCAACAUCUCUCCCAGCUGGAAAUGCGAACGGCAAGGGCAAAGGUCACGUCGACGAGCACGCCACCACCAACGCCGCGGAGCUGGACGGAGGCGUUAUUCGGCAUCAAGCCAGGGCCGGACUUUGAGCGCAGGAGCAAGAGCCGGUCGGUGUCAGUGUCAUUGAGUUAA